CUGCAAAUGGCAGGGAGGCAAGACGGGAUGAUUUCUCAGCCCCCACUUCACCUCCCAUGGCCCGUGCUGACGAAGUUCCCCUUCUGUGGUGACCACAGCUCUGUCACACCCGGCUUCCUGUUGGGGCUUCCUUGGCCUCACCCUCCAUUCGGGCCAUUUCCUUCCCUGACAGAGGGACCCGAACCCGGGCUCCUGCCCUGGCCGGUGCAGACAUGGGGCCCCUGCUGCUGCUGUCCCUGCUGUGGGGGGGGUCCCUGCAGGAGGAUCCAGGGUUCGAGCUCCGAGUGCAGGACUCAGUGACGGUGCAGGAGGGUCUCUGUGUCCACGUGCCCUGCUCCUUCUCCUACCCCUGGAGCCCGUGGUAUUCCCGUGAGAAGCCCUACGUGUACUGGUUCCGGAAUGGGGACAGCCGUUAUCCUGUGGCUACAAAUGACCAAAGGAAAAUGGUGAUGAUAGAGGCCCGGGGCCGAUUCCACCUCAUCGGGAACCCCUGGGACAACAACUGCUCCCUGAGAAUCAGAGAGGCCAGGAAGAGUGACCAGGGAGUCUACAAGUUCCGAAUGGAGAGAGACAACGUGAAAUAUAAUUACAGAGAUAAGAAGCUGAUGGUGCAGGUGGCAGCCCUGACACAGAAACCCGACAUCCACUUUCCGGAGCCCCUGAAGUCUGGCUAUCCCACAAACCUGACCUGCAGUAUGCUGGGAUCCUGCGAAGAGGGAAGACCUCUCACCUUCUCCUGGGUGGGGGAUGCUCUUGACUCGCUGGACCCCCAGACCCUCCACUCCUCAGUGCUGACCCUCACCCCGAGGCUGCAGGACCAUGGCAGCAACCUCACCUGUCAGGUGCACCUGCCAGGUCAGGACACCGUGGAAAGAACCAUCAGGCUCAAUGUCUCCUACGCUCCGCAGUUGAUGACCACCCGCAUUUUGCAGAGAAACUACACAGUCCUGAAGACACCGUGCAACCACACGUCACUGCCUGUCUUGGAGGGCCAGUUCCUGCGCCUGGUCUGCAUCGCUGAGAGCAACCCCCCCGCCACGCUGAGCUGGUCCCGGGAGGGAAAAGCCCUGAGCCCGUCCCAGCCCUCAGCACCUGGGGUCCUGGAGUUGCCCCAUGUAGGGGUUGAGGAUGAAGGGGAGUUCACCUGCCAGGCUCAGCACCCGCUGGGCUCCCAGCACGUUUCCUUCUGCCUCUUUGUGCAGAGAACCCCCUCUUCUUGCAACUGUGUGACUGAGAAGCAGGAGGGCUCCUGGCCGCUGGUCAUCACCCUGAUCAGAGGGGUCCUCAUGGGGGCUGGCUUCCUCCUCACCUAUGGACUCACCUGGAUCUACUACAGCAGUGUGGACAGCCGUACACAGGAGAGUCAAGAAUACAGCUUUUCUUUCCCAGAUGAAAGACACCUACCUCAUAAUAAUUGCUACAGAACAUCACAUUUAAUUAUAAAUAAAAGUUUUAUUAAAAAUGCAACAUUAAAAUUGAUUUUACUGUUUAAUGUCUCUGUGGAAGUUUCUAGAGCAAAUUUAUAUCUUAAUCGUGUAUCCUUUUUUGUUGAGCAUGUUCCAAAGAAGACUUUUAAAAAAAAAUAUUUUAUUUAUUUAUUUGACAGAGAGACACAGCGAGAGAGGGAACACAAGCAGGGGGAGUGGGAGAGGGAGAAGCAGGCCUCCCGCCGAGCAGGGAGCCCGAUGCGGGGCUCGAUCCCAGGACCCCGGGAUCAUGACCUGAGCUGAAGGCCGGCGCUU